AGUACAUGGGACAUGGGGGCCUUAAUGCUUUCUGCCUUGCGUAGCCACCCCACCAUGCUGGUGCUCAGCAAGGGAAAUGUGUUGGUAUCCUGGGGAGCUGGGUCACUGCCCCCCUGCACCCCCUGCACCCCCUGCCUCCAGACUGCCCUUGCAGGCUGGGUGCUUUCUCCCUGCCAAACUCCUCCCUUCUGCCUGGGCUCGGAGGCAGAAGCUGUCUUAGCACAGUAGGGACCAUCCCGCAUGGACCCAGGUGGGCAGGGACGAGGGGCAGGCAGGGGUUUGUGUGGUGGUCACUCUGCAGGGUGUGCACAUGUGCUCCCGUGUGCAGUAUAGCAUGUGCCGGGCAUGGCAUAGCAUGGAAUGAAGCUAAGAGUCAGCAAAGGAGAGAGGGCAUCACAGAGGUGAUGGGUGAAUUAACCCUGCUCCUGGAAGCAGGAGAUGCUGCACACACGGUGCCCCAGAGCUCAGAUCCCAGUCCAGGAGCUGGAGGCUGCUGGGACCAGUUGGGCCCAGAGCAGAGCCCCCCAUGACACUGAUGCUGCAGCCCCCUCCUCUUUGGGCUGGGGUGGGUGCACACAGUCCCUGGUACCAAAUGGCAGGAGCUCACUUGAGUGAGGAGCUGGUGAUGGUUAUCGGGCAGGGGAGACAAGGGGGUUUUGGCUGUGCUGGUCUCCAACCCCCCCAUCAUCUCCCAGCUGCUCUCUGUAUAGGUGCAUGUGCAUGUUCAUGCAGCCCUGUGCAUACACGUGGACGGCUGCAUGCAGGGACUCCAAAACAGGACAAAGUUCUGCGAGAGGCUUGGUUUGGGGGGGGGGCAGAUUGGAGCCUUCCCCUGCAGCUACUCCCCAGGCUGUGCAUCAAGGCCCAGGUUCAAUGGGCAGGCGCCCCCGGCUCCAGCCCCGCAGCGAGGACCCGAUGAGCUCCUGAGCCCGGAACGGCUCCGCCGAGGGAUGUUCAACCCCGUCAGCCCCACGGGCAGCGGCUCCGCCGAGCGCUGCUGCCUGCGCCCGCCCCAUGGAGUAGCUCCAGGUGCCCCAGGACCACCAGGACUCGAUUUCCCCUUAUGCCAUCAGUCAAACCUUACGAGUGGUCACCGUGGUUAUGGGUUGGUGCCAGGAGCCGAGCACCUGGGCAGUGGUGAUGGCUCACGGUUCUCAACGCCCCGUGCUGCAGGCAAGCUGGGCAAGAAGCGAGCCCUGUCCAUCUCACCACUGUCAGACUCCAGCAUUGACCUGCAGACUGUCAUCCGCACCUCACCCAACUCCCUCGUUGCCUUCAUCAACUCCCGCUGUGCCUCUGCCAGUGGCUCCUAUGGCCACCUCUCCAUCAGCACCAUCAGCCCAUCAGUGGGAUACCAGAGUCCCCCUGCUCAGCAGAAGGGCCAAGGCCACCUCUACAGCCACACCGCAGCACCCCCAGCACCAUGUACCUCCCAUGAACCCCUGUCCACCCGCCCAGGGCUCCUGCAUCACACCCCAGCUCGUGGGACCCUCAAACAGUGCCAGCAGCUGAAGUUGGAGUGGAGCCUGAGCAGCCCCUUGGCUGCCAAAUACCCAGAGGAGAGAUCCGAGGGUGACAUCUCCAGUCCAGCUUCCACAGGCACCCAGGACCCCUUGCUGGGGAUGCUGGAUGCUCGGGAAGAUCUGGAGAAGGAGGAUGGGAAACCUGAGGCUGAGGCUGUGUAUGAAACCAACUGCUACUGGGAUGGCUGUGCCAAGGAGUUUGACACGCAGGAGCAGCUCGUGCAUCACAUCAACAACGAGCACAUCCAUGGGGAGAAGAAGGAGUUCGUGUGCCACUGGGCAGCGUGUUCCCGGGAGCAGAGACCCUUCAAGGCUCAGUACAUGCUGGUGGUGCACAUGCGACGGCACACGGGCGAGAAGCCCCACAAGUGCACGUUCGAGGGCUGUAACAAAGCCUACUCACGCCUGGAGAACCUCAAGACCCACCUGCGCUCACACACGGGGGAGAAACCCUACGUGUGCGAACACGAGGGCUGCAACAAGGCCUUCUCCAAUGCUUCUGACCGGGCCAAGCAUCAGAACCGCACUCACUCCAAUGAGAAGCCCUACGUGUGUAAGAUCCCAGGCUGCACCAAGCGCUACACAGACCCCAGCUCUCUGCGCAAGCACGUGAAGACAGUGCACGGCCCCGAUGCCCACGUCACCAAGAAGCACCGUGGGGAUGUGGUGCCAGGGCGAGCGCUGCCCACCCCCAGCGGCCCCCCGGACAUGAAGCAGGAGAAGGACACAAACGGCCCCACUGAAGGCCAAAAGGAUGAGGGCAAACUCUUGGUGCCUGACUUGGCCUUGAAGCCCCAGCCCAGCCCUGGGGGGCAGUCAUCGUGCAGCAGUGGCCAUUCCCCACUGGGCAGCACCACCAACAACGACAGUGGGGUGGAGAUGGCCGGCAACGCCGGUGGCAGCUACGAGGACCUGUCCACACUGGAGGAUGUGCCCGGGGAGCCCAUGGGCACCUCGGGGCUCAUGGCCCUGCACAAGCUGGAGAACCUUCGCAUUGACAAACUGAAGCAGAUGAGGAAGCCGUCGGCUCCCAAGGGCCUGAAUUUGCCACCUAUCCCCGGAGCCGGGGAGAUGUCCGGGAUGCCCAGGCCGUCGGCAGCCGCCUCGCACCGGCGCCUGGCGGCGCUGUCGGCAGCAGGGCUGGGCCCGGCUCUGAGCGAGCGCCGGAGCAGCGGCACCAGCACCGUGAGCUCAGCCUACACCGUGAGCCGCCGCUCGUCCCUGGUGUCCCCGUACCUGCCCGGCCCGUACCCGGCUGGGGAGGCCGGGGCCGUGCCCGGUGGGGCGGCCCUGGCCGAUGGCUACGACCCCAUCUCCCCGGAUGGAUCCCGACGCUCCAGCGAUGCCAGUCACUGUGGGGGGCUGCCGGGCAUGGGCAGCCUCACCCCAGCCCAGCGCUAUCGCCUCAAGGCCAAAUACGCUGCGGCCACAGGGGGUCCCCCCCCGACCCCGCUGCCCAGCAUGGAGCGGGUGGCCAUGGGCGGCCACGGCAGCUUCGGUGGGGACUGUGCGGCGCCGGCUGAACCCCGUUUCCUCACCAAUGGGCUGCUGCGGAGGCACAGCUCCAACGACUCCCCAGGCUAUGUGGGUGCUGCUCCCCAUCCCUUGGUGCCUCGGAGUGGGGUGCGCCGGGCCAGUGACCCAUCCCGGAGCGCGGCCGAUGCUCCCCCUGUGCCCAGGGUGCAUCGCUUUAAGAGUGUGGGUAACGUCAAUGUGCCCGGAGCGGGCAGAGCUGCUCUGCAGCCCUUGGGGGGCUCCGAUGCCACCCCCCAGCCCCACGGCUUCUCCCCGCGCCCGCCUGGCAUCAGUGAGAGCGUCUUCCUGGAGGGUGUGAGCAGGGAGGGCCCAGGCACUGAGCCCGGCUUGGCAGGGAUGGAGCAGUACUUGGACUACCCCGAGGAACGCUUCCCGUGCCAUAGGAUGGCUGCGGAGCUCCAGUGUGAAGGUCCCUAUGGCAGCACCCACCGGCCCGCGGCGUGUCUGCAGCUGAACCCAGGAGGCCACAGGGACAUGGAGGAGGGUUUGCUGCAGCCUGAGUUCUCCCUCCCUCAGUGCCAGGUGAACCAGCACUUCACCACGAUGCCCGCUGGCAAUGGGGCUGUGCCAGCGCCCUGGGAUGAGCCUGCCCAGAGCAACCUGGAGAUGAGCUGCGGGCAGCCCGGUGUCAGUGCCAUGUCUGGAUCACCCUUUCACCAUCAGAGCACCGAGUACCCAGUGCCCAGCGCUUGCGGGCAGCAACCCAGGCUUGUGAGCUCGUGCCAGGACAAUGGAUACCCCGGCGGGCACCGGCUCAACCGGCUGCAGAUCAAAUCCGAGCAGCGGUACCCAGCCCCUACCCCAGCGCUCGCUCCAUGCCAGAACCCCAGACUUGCUGGGCACCUGCAGCCUCCGGCAUCAUUUGGCCAAGCCAUGAACGCAGGGCAUGGAGGUUUCCAGCCUGAGGAGCAGGCACCCAUCAGUUACAUGGGCAUGUUGAGCCCGAGCGGGAGGAGAGACCAGACCCCCACCAUGCAGAGCAAGGAGGUGAUGGUCCGGAGCUACGUGCAGGCCCAGCAGGCUCUGAUGUGGGGAGCCCAAGCAGCCCCAAAGGGAGGGGAGGCUGCCAUGCGCCUGGGCACCGAACCCGGGCAGUGCCAGGCCAUGCAGGCACCGCUGUACCCCAACCCCAAGUGCUCUGGUUACCAACCCAAAGCAGAGAACCCGCAGGGUCUGCCGGAGACCCAGCACCUCCUGCACGCCCCAUGCUUCAACCCUGAGCUGGGGCCGCAUCCGCCCGGGGGCCCUAAACCCCACGGGCACCCAAGCAACCUGAACUAUGCAGGGCACCUGUCCCAGCCAAGCCAUUCCUAUGAGGCAAUGGAAGCCAGCUCCCGGCGGGCACAUCGCCUGCUCCCUGCCCGCCCCACACUUGAGGGGCCCAAUAAUGCCCUGCAUUAUUACCCAGCCCAGGGCACACACAUGGGCAAAGGUGGCCAUAAGCUGCUGGGCCAACCGGCAGCAAGCUGUGGGGGUCCUGGGCAUUAUGGGGGGAGCAUGGAAGGGCUCAAAGGCAGCUCCUGUCACUACCUGGAUUCGGGGGAGCCAGUGGCCAACAGCCUGGACUCCUUGGACCUGGAGAACACGCACCUUGACUUUGCUGCCAUCGUGGAGGAACCGGAGCUGCCUGCACUGCUGCCGGGACCCCCGAGCCCUGCCGGGGGUCUGCUGCCUGCAGCCGGGGGUGCCAACAUGGCUGUGGGGGACAUGAGCUCCAUGCUGAGCACUCUGGCAGGGGAAAGCCAUUUCCUCAACUCCCUGUCCUAAGCAGGAGGUACCGGGCAUCAGGUGGGCACGUCUGCAACCCAGGGGAUGGGGUGGGGGGGCCCAAACACGUUUGGGUCCUUCUGACAUGCGGAUGUGUGGGGAGGGGGCAUUGCUGAGGCCCAGCCACAGCCACAGCCCCGGUCAGGUGCUUCCCGUCCCAUCUUGCACUGGGGAGGGAAUGGUUUCAUGCAGUGCUCCCAUUUCCAGUGCCUGGAACCUCACUGGGCCUCCUUUGGCCCUUUGGAAACAGCAGCCCUGUGCAGUCUUAAUGUUGAAACCAAAGAGUUCCACCCUUCCCAGCUCUGUGGGCAGGCACCAUCCCUGCGUUCCCAUUGUCCACUCCUUAUAUCCCAGUCUUUGUCAGGACUAGGGUCACUCCUUGCUUGGCAAGCCCAACCCUCUCCCCUCCACCUGCUCAAGGAGGGAGAAGGGAUGGUGGCAGGGGGCUGGGGGUGCCUGUGUUCUCUGUACAUAGUGUGCAUAUGUGUGUGUCUCCUGCAGCAUCCCUCAGCCCUGACAGGGGCAGCAGUGCCUCCCCUGCCCAUUAAACCCUUUCUCAGG